AUGGCAGCUCGAAGACGAACCACGCUAGCGGCAGUGUCGAGCGCAUCGCUCAACUCCCGCGGGUCCAUGGGCACGACGUCGUCGGGACGCUCCUCCCUGGCGUCAUCCAAGCAGCCGUCCUCGCGAUUCAGCAUUUCUACCAGCUCGGCGGCGGCAAGGUCUACCAUGGGCGGCGGCGCAGGGGGCGGAGGGCGCACUAGCAUGGGAGCACGCCCCAGCAUGGGCACGUCUCGUCCGAGCAUGGGCACCUCGCGGCCGAGCAUGGGUUCCUCCCGGCAGAGCGCGGGAAGGCCCAGCAUGUCUACCGCCGGGGACCGCAAGUCUGUCGGAGUUCGGCGAACCACCUCGUUCGGGACCGGCGGCGGCAGCAGGUCGGACCAGAGGCCGUUGAUGGACAAGGCCCACCUCAACGCCUCCCUGCACAAGCUGGCGGCCUACCUGACCGACCACGGCUACGAUCAGCCCAUCAACAGCAAGAGCCUGACGCGACCGAGCGGCAGGGACUUCAACAACAUCACGGGGUUCUUGUUCAGGCAGCUUGAUCCGAACUACAGGCCCUCCGGGAGGUUCGAAGACGACGUUGUUCCCUUCCUCAAGAUGGUCCGGUACCCGUUCACCAUCUCCAAGUCCUCGCUCGCCGCCGUCGGAGCUCCGCAGACUUGGCCUAAGGUGAUGGGUGCCAUCUCGUGGAUAGUGGACGCCCUCCUGUACGACGAGACCAUCGCCGUGGCGGAGGAGGAGCAGCGCGCGAGGGAGCGGGAGGCCACGCCCGAGGAGAGGGAGCGGGACAAGGAGGACGGCGUCGAUGACCAGGGCGCAGACCAGAAGAACUUCGUGGCCUACCUGGAAGAGGCCUACUGCUGCUUCCUCGAGGGAGACGACGAGGCCCAUCAGGCCGUUACCACGGAGUACACGGAGGCGCGCGACGAGGAGGACGCCGGGGCCGAGGAGUUCCUACGGAACCUCGAGGAGGCCAACGAGGCCCUGGGGCAGACCAACCAAGAGCUGCUGGACCAAGGGAAUUCUCUGCCCGCACUGGAGGAAGGGCUUAAGCUGACGCUUUCCGACAACGAGAAGAUCACCUCUCUCUUGGAGGAGAUCGAGACGCACAGGCGCUUGCUGCAGGAGAAGGUGGACAAGAGAGUGGAGGAAGAGCGGAGGCUCAAGGAACCCCUCCCUCUCUUGGAGGAAGCGUCUGCAUCGCUGCGUGAGCAGAUAGCGACGCAGGAGUUCAGCGCGUCGGACAUGGAGGGCCAGCUCUCGGAGAGGAGCAGGCUGAGGGACGCGCUGGCCGGCGCGGGAGAGGCCAAGGUCAAAGCGCGCAAGGAGGGGUGGUCAGCCCAGGUUGAAGUGUCGAGCACAAAGGAGGCGCUCAAGGAGAACCUACACCGGUACAGGGAGCAGGCCGAGGCGUUGCUGCUCGUACCCUUCGGCACGCAGCCGGCAGAGAACGCCGGAGAGACGAACUACGCGGUGGACAUCGACGACACCAAGCUCGACCAAGAGGACGGCGUGUUGACGAAUGACGUCAGGGGGGUCAUCCGCCCCGCGCUGAAGGAGCUCAAGAUUGCCAUCGUGCGAAGGACCGCGGGGCUACGGCAGGACCUAUCGAACUUGCUCGUGGAGGAAGACAAGGCGGAGGAGAACAUCACCGACGUCCUGAGCGAGGUGGAGCUGCUGCACAAGCAGGUCAAGCGGAAGGAAGAGGCCUACAACAAGAGCAAGUAUGCCCUGGACAAGCAGGUGGCGGGCGGCAAGAGCGAGACAGAGCACGAGGAGAGACGCCUCGAGUCGCAGAACGGCUCGGCGGAGAGACUGGACAGGGUGGCGGCGGAGAACAAGGCCAGCUCGGACGUGCUGCGGGUGCAGAUCGAGGCGCUAAAGGAGAGAAAGGAGAUGGAGAAGAGGCAAAGCGAGAACGUGUUGCAGAGUACGCUGGAAACUGCCCUGGACUACAAGGAGCGAGAGGAGAAGUGCUUGGCCGGGCUCAAGGACAGGUAUCGUCAGCACCACGGGGCUAUCCUUCACGGGCAGACGGCGUUCGACCUCGUGCUGUCCGAGGGGGGCAUUUUGCUGGACCACGAACAGCCGGCGGAGGAGGGGGAAGAGGGACUGGGGGGAGCGGAGGGCCACCUUCGGCUACAGGAGGAAGGGGAGACGCAAGAGGACGGCGAGGAGGACACUUUGCACGGCCGGAUAGCCCUGUGGCCCUCCGUGCCCUCGUCCUCAUGA